AUGUAUGAUCGUGAGCAAGAAAAGAUUGGUUUCUGGAAAACAAACUGUGCCAAGUUAUGGGAAAGAUUACAGGAAUCCAUUGCCCUAUCAUUACCUCCAAAUUCAGAAGCAAGCUAUCCAACUGAAGCAUUAGAGCCGUCAGUUGCUCCAUCUUUGUCGCAGAAUAAUUCUCCUCCAGAAUUGGCUGGACUCUUCGCUCAUGGGUUAGAUGUUAAUACUUCCCAGGUCCACUUACUGAAUUUUACGUCAACUGGAAAUGAUUCCCUCAGUAAAUGGGUCAUAACCCCAAAACCGUAUGCUCAUUAUAUUUCUAACACUACUGCAACGAAUAUAAUUUCGCGGCUAGCUGAACAUCGCAUCCAACUUCCUGACUCCUUUGGAAAUUAUAAGUUGAUUGAUUGGAGUGUUGAGCCUCCAUCAAAGAAUUCUGUCUCCGUUGCUAUAGAAUUUGCUGCUGUAGGCCUCACUGGUCUUGGUGACUGCGCUCUUUCUUUUUGCCACAUGCUAUCAUAG